CUCAGUGUCGUCUUGUUGGCUGUCGCGUUCGUGUGCGCGCACUGAGAAAAACGGAACGCCACAGUUGCACUUUCCGUUGCAAUUUCUAUAGUCCUCGAGUCCCCCGAUUUCUGAGUUCCCCCUCGUGCGAAGUGCGUGCGCUUUGGCCAAAACAACUACCAAAACGCGUACCGCAAUUUACAAGAUACAACCAAUAAUAAGAGGCAUAGAGAAUAAUAAUAAAGGAGAAAAUAAACCCCUGCUGUGGAGGGCAUUUGCAUUUUGUUUACCUCGAUGGCUGUGUGGAGUGCAAUUUGACGAUUAUAUAAUAUAAAACAAAAAAAUAGGGAAAACAAAUAAAAGUGCGCGGCAUUCGAUUUUAAUUGCAAGCAACUACAAUAACCACUGAAGAAGAAGAGUUAAAGUGAAACCCUCUCUUUCGCACCGCCGCCCCCAUCCUGUCUCUCCCACCCACCUCGGUUUCCAUAGCUGGUGUGUUGAUCUUUCAUGCAAAAUGGCUGCCGGCCGGCAAAAUAACGAUCUUUUGCAGUAAUAUGUUGCCUUUAAAUCAAUUGAGAAACCAACAACCAAAGUUAACGCAACGUUUCUAAAACUUAAAGUCUAAAUACCAAAUAAUAAAUACAUAAAAAUACACAAUAAAAUUAAAACCAAACCAAAAGUGGCCUGCAAAACGAAGCAACUAAAACAACCAAGAAAUGUGAUUCACAGUGUGCAAUGUAACCAAAUUAUUAGUAAAAAGCAAACCAAAAACCAAAGGAAAAGCCGUGGAAAAUCAGCGGAAUACCCAAAAGCCAGGCCAAAUGGAAAUCAAGGAAUCCGGGAGCCAAUCGAAUAGCCAACUAGCAGCCAACGUGGCCAAUGAUUAAGGGAACACUUUGUUAGCCAACUCGUAGUAGCAGCAUUCCCCGUCCACCCAUUACACCCAAAACACAGCCACUCAGCCGCACAGAACCAUUCGACCUCCCCUCGCAGCCCUCGAUGCCUGGACAGAAGGCGUUGGAGCAACAAUUAUAGAAUAGACAGCCAGACAACCACAUCAGCUCCGAACUCCGAACUCCAAGCUCCAGCUCCAAUUCAAUCUCAAUCCCGACCUAAAACCCCCAACAUGGACAUCAAGAUUGAGCAGCAGCAGCAACAACAGCAAGUGGAGCUGGGACCCUGUUCCCCGUCGGAGGUGCCCAAUGAUCCCGGAAAAAUGUUCAUUGGCGGCCUCAGUUGGCAGACAAGUCCAGAGAGCUUACGCGAUUACUUCGGACGUUAUGGUGAUAUCUCAGAGGCUAUGGUCAUGAAGGAUCCCACGACGCGCAGAUCCAGAGGCUUCGGCUUUGUCACAUUCAGCGAUCCAAAUAGCGUAGAUAAGGUACUCACCCAAGGCACACACGAGCUGGAUGGCAAAAAGGUCGAUCCGAAAGUAGCUUUUCCGCGCCGUGCACAUCCCAAGAUGGUGACGAGAACGAAGAAAAUCUUUGUGGGCGGCCUCUCGGCGCCCACCACACUGGAGGAUGUCAAAAGUUACUUCGAACAGUUUGGUCCGAUCGAGGAUGCCAUGUUGAUGUUUGAUAAGCAGACCAAUCGGCACAGAGGUUUUGGCUUCGUUACAUUUCAAAGCGAAGAUGUGGUAGACAAAGUUUGCGAAAUUCAUUUCCACGAGAUAAACAACAAAAUGGUCGAGUGCAAGAAGGCGCAGCCGAAGGAGGUGAUGCUGCCGGCCAACCUGGCCAAGACGCGGGCUGCCGGGCGCUCCGCAUACGAUAACAUCAUGUGGGGACUGGGGACAUUGCCCGAAGGUUUUCCGGCAGCUGCCUAUGCUGCCUAUGCCGCUGGUCGCGGAUAUUCGGGCUAUCCCAGUUUUGGACUGCCCUAUCCAACUGUUGAUCUAUCCAAUGGGCAGCUGACACCCAACAACAAUACACCGCUGCUGACCCAGGCGCUGUCAGUGAUGAACAACUAUCAGGCGGCUGCUGCGGCCGCCCACAGCUAUGGUCCGUCGGCAUCGCCGCAUGCCGCCGCCGCCAACACGGCCACCCGGCAGGGAUUCCCCUCGACCAACUCCCCCGGCCCGACCAUUGACAUGUACAGCUCGGCGGCCGCCGACAAUGUGGGCUACGUGCAGGCCACCAGUCCGCAGCCGUCCGGCUUCCCCAUCGCCGUCAGCCGCGCCCCGUUGAACUACAGCCCGGGACCACUAAUUCCUGCGGCAUUUACAAAUGGAUACCAUUAAAAGGUGGCGCCGACAACCGCAAUGACAACAACAACAACAACAACGGCAGCAGCAGCAGCAACAACAGCAGCAAUAUUAACAACAGCAACAGGAGCAACAAAUGCAACAGCAACUUUAGCAACAAAUGACAGACAAACACACACAGACACACACACACACACUGCAGUGCUGCAACCACAGAGCGCAAAAGAAAAUAAUUUAAAAUUAUAUAUACCUGCAUAUAUAUAAAUAUAAAUCAAAUAAAGUACAUAUUACAUAUUUGUGUAUUUCCACAUGGCAAAAUGAAAUCCGUUAAGCAAGAAAAAUCGAGACAACUGCAAGAGCAACAAACAAUAAACCAAACACACAUAUUAUAAUUAAUUAAUUAACGUAUAUUACAAAUACGUACAUAUAAACGCAUGGCAAAAAAAAAAGAACAUGAAAAAAAUGUAAAAAAAAAACGAUGAGGACGAACUACGAGCGAACACAAACAAAAAAAAUUAAUUUUAAUUUAACAACCACUACAACAACAUCGGCAAGAACAACGCUCGGCCCCGAAAGAUGCAACGUGUGCAGCAAAAAUCGUUUAAAAUGCAAAUUAAACGGAAACUGUGCGUCCAACUGGAGUGGAGUGCCAUCGCGGUGGGCGGCGGCGGCGGCGUCGGUGGGUGGGCGUGGCCCUGCUCACACAGCAAAAAAUCGGAGGCCUCCACCCACACCGCCCACCGCCCACAGAUGACAACCAGGCCAAAAGGGGCGUAACCACUUUUAAGUAAUGAGAAACCAACAAACGAAAGCAAAAAACCAAAAAAAAAAAGGAAAUCACAAAAAAAGCGAGGGGGUUACUAAUAAAACGAUAGAGUUGAAAAGAGAUAAAGCAAAAAUGUUGCAAUAAUAGCGAAAAUGUUAUUAUUUAUUGCGUAUUAUUAAAGGCAAAUUAUUAUUACCAUUAUUAUUGCUAUUCUUAACGUAUCUAAGUUGUAACUUUUAAAGUUAAAAUCGAUAUAUAUGUAUAUAUAUAUAUAUACAAGAAUAUACACUCUUAUACACAUAAAGUAAAAUGCAAUAUAUACAAAGGGAAUUACUUGAAUCAAAACGCGAAAACCAACCACAAGUUAUUGUACUUUCAACGAUAAUCGAUUUAAGAACACUGGCGUGUAAGAGUUUAAAAAUGUUAAGAAUCGGUUGGGCUAAGUUUUCAUUUCUCGACUGGGUUGGGGGUGAAUCAAAUCAAAAUUGUGCUUACAAUUAUAUUUAUGAAUUUAUUUUAAAGUACAACAAAUCCUUUAUUGGCCAAAUUAAACAACAAAGAAACAAAAGCGAAUGUGAGCAAAAGUCGAAGGCAAUUUGUUAUUAACUAUGUUGAAGUUCUCUUUCUCAUUAUUUCAAUCGAAUCAGGGGAAAGUAGAGGAAAACCCUAUAACUUUUGUGUUCACAUUGAAAGCAAAAUGGUAAAUAAUGCUAAUUAAACAGUGGAUAGUUAGACAAAUAUGUUAAAGCAUUAAAUAUGACAAUGAAAGCGAAGUGAGAGAGUGAAUUUCCGUAGCUCGAGGCAUAAAUCAAUUUAUUUGCUAAAAACAAUGGAGAAUCCAAAACAAUGAAAACUGCAAAAAGCAACUCCCUAAAAAUGUAAGAAAUACACAAUUUUUGAGAUACAAGAUACACAACAUACACCCACACAGACAUGCAAACACCCACACACACACACACACACAGACAGGACACAAAUCUUACGGAUAAAUCAAAAAGAAACACUUAAACAAAUUACUUGGUAAGAGCAUAUGCAAAUAUAACAAUGAACUAUUAUACAUACAACAUAUAGUACGAUUAAGUAAAUAAAAUAUUUAUAAAACAAACGCGCAAAAUCGCAAAUGUUUGAACACUUAACUAAAUAUAUCUGUAAACAAGCGUGUAAAAAGGAUCACAGAUGAGCCAUAAAUAUGGAAGAGGAAAAUUGGAAAUGAAAAUCAUGAUGACGAUGAAAUGCAGGCCACGCAAUGUGCAAUUAAUUUUUUUCUAGUCGCUCCGUCCGGCAAAUCGCCCGGACGAUGGAUGUACUAGACGUAUUUGAGGAUUAUGACGAUAACGACGACGAUGCAAUCGGGGGCGUAAUAGAAAAAUAUAUUUAUAUACAACUAUAUGGAGUAUUAAAUUAUUGGAAAAGCAAACCAAACAAAACCUAUCAGCUAGAUAAGUAAAGAACAUUUGUUACACACAGCAAGUGGGGGAAAAUUGCAAACAACAAAAAACCAAGAAAACAAAAAACCAAAAUAGCAGAGAAAAGGAAAUAUUCUAUAAUUGACAGAACAACAAUACGUUGCGCUUUUUGUCUGUCUGAGAUUUUUUGCAUUAGGCGACGUGAAAACCAGAAAAAAAAUAACACAACUAAAACAAAAGCAGAGACAGCAGAAUAGAGGCAGAGGAAAGCCAGUGAAAAACAAAAGCAAAUGCCGAAACAGUGAAAAUGUUCCUUUCAUAACUUUUUUGCCAAAUUGUCAAACCAACGCUCUCCAGGACUUUGUCGAGUCUCGGACCAACAAACUUACACAUAACCUAUAUAGUAGAGAGAAAUCGCGCGAACCGAAACCAAAAGCCGUACAGCAAACAUAUACGAUAUUUAAAGAUGGACAAGAAAUAGUUGCAGUGUAACAUAAACUACAUUUAACGUUCAAAGUGUUUAAAAUCAACCACCCCACACACCGAUCAUUUCAGAUUUUCCAAAGAUCGCGGCUUGCGACUUUGCCAUGUGCAUCACACAUAUAAAUAAUCAAAAAACCGAAGGUAACAAAUUAAGGAAGCGAAAAGACAGAAAUCUUCAAUUUUAGAUAGACAAAGAUCAGACCACUGACAGUCUGGCAUAUCGGGAGUUUGGACGGAAGGCGACCUUAAUCAGGUGCGGAUUACUUUAGCAGGUCAGAGGUCAUUGGGGAGUAUUCCAGCCGCAGCUUCUAGCCUGCGGGGCAGAUAUUUUUAAACGGGGAGGCUAGCGAACGGCAGCAACGGCAAACAUGUUAUAUUUGCAUAAUAUAUAUAUAUAUAUAUAUAUUAAACCUACUUCUAAGGCAUAUAUAAAUAUAUAAAUAAAUAUAUUUUUAAGACAUGUUCUAAAAGCAAUAAUUCAAAACAACAACAAGCGUAAAGGAGGCGAAAGUAAAUUGAACAAAACAUAAAAAAGGAAUACAUAAAAUAUACACCAAUAUAUAAAUAUACAUAAAUAUAUAUACACCUACACGUAAAUAUAUAUACAUGCAUACCAGAUAUAUAUAUAUAUUAAAGAAAGCGAUUAGCUGAAACGCCAGGCGGACCAUCGACUGUCUUAGUCUGAGUCUGAUUCUGGAGAAAUCAUUUCGCAGGCAGCUAAGCCUGUAAUGCUACACUUCUUUAACUAGAGCCCCGAUCCAUGAUCAGUGGGCCGGCAAUCGUUUGUACUCUGUAUUAUUUGUGGUGUAGGUGGGGCGAGGGAACCCUAGAUAAUCUUUGGAUCCCAGGUCCGUUUACGUUGUAAGUCGAUGCAGCUUUAGGUGUAAUGUUGAGUCUUUCCUAGAAGUUUCCCCAGCAUUUCCCCGCUAACGAUCGACUCUAGGCUUUCUGUUUGUGUUUUGUAGUGCUCUAUAUUCUAUAAGGAUCUUCUGCGGAAGCUGUAGCCGAUCAAAGACAUAUAACUAUGGUAUACCGGAUCAACUUCAGCUUAAAGAAUACCGAAACAACAAGCAAUGCGUCCUUGUAACAAAAUCAAUUUCAGUCAAUUAGAGAAUUUCCAACACCAACCAAGCACAGAGACAUAAAGACAACAACAAGCAACAAGAACAUUUUUUAAAAACCAAAAAAAAAAAACAAAAAGCAAACAAACAAAUACAAAAAAGAAACAGUUUUCAUUAUUUUUUUACUGAUGCGCCGUCGAAGCGCAGGAAAUACAGGAUGAGAUCGCAACAGCUCGACGGCGCAGGCGCAAAAGCUUUAAAUUGAACAAAAUAUAAAUAAUACGAACAAGGAGAACAAUUUAUAGAAUUCGACAAGUGGGCUCUGUUUUUUAUAUCGAGAACGGAGAAUUGUUUGUAAAAAAAGUAUGCCGUAACGAUUUUUUAAAAAUAAUGUAACCCAUACUUUAAGCUAUACGCAAUUUUCGGUCAAAAAGUCAAUUGGUGGUCGAAGCCGUUUAGGAAGCCAAAACUAAAAUAUGAAAACACGGCACGAAAAGACAUAAAGAGUAAUGUAAAAUAGUUUUAAAUUGGCAACUGAAGAAGAUGAUGAUAAGGAUUGGGUACAGGUGGAGUUACGUAGUUACAUAUACGAAUUGCUUUCCGUUUUUCUCUUAUUAUUGACUUACAAACAUAUCAGUUCUUAUUAUGUGUAUGAGUAUAGCAACAACAUCAACAAAUACGAUUACAAUUACGAUAAAGAUUACUAUAAUGAAAUACAAUUUAACUAAUAUCUAGCGCUAACGAACGAAGAAACUUUCUGUUUACCAAAACCAAAAUCAAGAAAAACCACAACCACACAGAUGAGUAAGAGACAGCCGCAUUUUUGAGAAGCGCGGAGAGAGGCGCAUUACGAUAUACUAGUAUGACUUGUGGGCCUUCUACACUUUGACGUGCUUUUAUACGAUAGCAAUCCUUUUACUCACACGAGACAUUUCUAUCCUUCGUUCUUUUUUUAUAGACAUGUGUACAUACACCUCACGGCACUCACAUAAACAACCACACACACUCAUACACACUCAGCCACAGACACAGACACAGGCACACCCAUAUAUACGAUGGAGAUCACAUACAAAAGAACCUUCAUACGAACGAUCACUUGACUAUUUUUGCUAUAAGUAAGAAAUUCCCCCCAGGAAUGUGUCAGUCGGAAGUGGCAGAACUCCUGCUGACAAAACACCUUUACUAUAUUGACAAUAUCUCUUAUAUAUUUUACACUAUACUAUAUGGAAAAUUAUAUAUUAAUAUAUACAAGAAAAUGAGGAAAACCAAAAACAAAUAAUACAUAAUUGAGGCAAGGCGAACGGCGUGAGUGGCGUUAAAAUUGUAUUUACAAGAAAAGCGUAACCAAGCAAGAUGAAAUCAUUUUAAUACUUUAUACACAUAAAAGUCAAAGGAAUCUUUAGAGACAAAACCAGGCGGCAGAUGAAUAUGCAACUACAAGACAGACAACAAGACGAUGAAGAUACAUUUAUAAAAUGCGCCACAGAAGGGCGUCCAGUUUGUAAGUAUUCUAAUUAUGUAAGUAAAGUAAUUAAGGAGCGCAGGAAGAGAAUCAAUUAAACAUACAUACUGUCUACGAAGCCGCAGAGCCGAGAGCCCUGGCAACUUUUCAUUGCGAAUACUUUAACACAAAUGAAACCAGAUGGAAUGGAUGCGAUGGGUUCGGGUGAUUUCAAAUCGGACACAUUGGGAUGGGUUGAUGAUGAAUGUUGGAUUGCGGAUGCGGAAUGCGGAAUGCGGAAUGCGAGAUUGCCAAUGUGUGUACAUAAGCAUAAACAUAACAUAAACUGGUACAGUACUACACUUACAGCAAACUAUACAAGGUAAAAACAUAAUAAUUAACAGCAAGAAACCGCAACAAAAGGACGGAAGGCGGUAGACACAUACACAUGAAUAGAAGCAUAACGAGAAUUUAAUAAACCAUUUUUCAUUUCUAUAAAGAAAUCCGGUAACGAAUUUGUAUAUUUACUACGAGAAAAAGCAAAAAAAAAAACAAGACAAGAAAAUUCGAAAUAUAUACAAAAAAAUAUAUAUUAAACAGAGGACAGACCCCAAAAAGGACGAAGAACCUUUCUGAGGACAGCAAAUAUGCCCGUAUAUACAUAUAUGAGAAUAAAACCCAAAAUGAUAUAUAUACAUAUAUAUACAUAGUUAUAUAACCAAGAACAACAAAUAAACAUAUAGUUAAAUUCAGUAAUGUUAAGCAUUCGAUGAGCAAACAGACAGGCAGGCACGCAAACCGGUGGUUAAAGAAAUUCAAUUAUAUAUAAGGACCCUCGAACCGAAAAGAA